AUGCACCGGCUCCCUUCGCCGGGUCCAGCUCCCACGUGCCGCAGGCGUUCAGACACGGGUGAACCCAAGCGCCUUUGGGGGAUAAUCACCAAGGAGAUAGAAGCAAACGAGUGGAAGAAGAAAUACGAAGAGAGCCGGCAGGAGGUCCUGGAGAUGAGGAAAAUUGUGGCUGAGUAUGAGAAGACCAUUGCCCAGAUGAUAGAGGAUGAACAGAGGACGAACAUGACAUCGCAGAAGAACCUCCAGCAGCUCACGAUGGAGAAGGACCAGGCCCUGGCAGACCUAAACUCUGUGGAGAGGUCCCUGUCGGACCUCUUUAGGAGAUAUGAAAACCUGAAGGGUGUCCUGGAAGGCUUUAAGAAGAAUGAAGAAGCUUUGAAAAAGUGUGCUCAAGAUUAUUUAGCCCGGGUCAAGCAAGAAGAGCAGCGAUAUCAGGCCCUGAAAGUCCAUGCAGAAGAAAAGUUAGACAAAGCCAACGAGGAGAUCGCCCAGGUGCGCACAAAGGCAAAAGCUGAGAGCGCGGCACUGCACGCCGGGCUCCGCAAAGAGCAGAUGAAGGUGGAGUCCCUGGAAAGAGCCCUUCAUCAGAAGAACCAGGAGAUUGAGGAGCUGACCAAGAUCUGCGAUGAGCUGAUAGCGAAGCUGGGAAGGACAGACUGAGUCUCACCACCCCUCGUCCAGCACUGUGCACUUGGCCGCUUUUCUUGUACCUUCAAGCACCUUGCCUUAUUACCCAGGAAUAACCCCCUUAGCAGAGAAGCACACGCGUGCAGCUGCCUGCCGCUUGGCUGCCGGACUCCGCAGCCUCACCUGCAACACCGGCCCCCACGAUGUCCCAGGCUCUGGUUAUUUCCCAGGCUCGAGGGCCCCCACAGACGCUGGGGCUCG